CACCGUAGUCCAACACUGGUCGGCUACCGUCAAAGCGCGUAGAAGAAUUGCGGGCUGUAACUGCAUUUUAUUAUUUUUAAUUUUAUUGAUAGUGCGCCUGACCAGCGAGCACCUUUUAUUCGCCGUCGUCGGCAUCCAUCUCGCAGCAAUGCCAAAGUUGUGCCAGCCGAAAAGAUUGCGCGUGUUGCGAACCACAAACUGCGUCGCCAUCGGUGUGUGGGUGCAGAAAUAAAUGCAAAUUGUUGUAAAAUGCCGUGCUUUGGUGUGCGUGUUGAUAAGUGCAAUACGCAAAAGUAAGAACAUUGAGGCAAAUCCGUGCAAUCCGUGGGAUCAGCCGUUUUCAGAGAUUUUAAAAGCGUGUCCUGCUAUUUGUGCAUGCCUAAAAUGGACAACGAGCAGCCGCAUCAAGAGUUGGUGAAGUGCGUCCUGGUGGGGGACACGGCGGUGGGCAAGACCCGUCUGAUCUGCGCGAGGGCCUGCAACAAACAUGUCUCGCUAUCCCAGCUCCUCUCCACACACGUGCCGACCGUGUGGGCUAUCGACCAGUAUCGCAUAUACAAAGAUGUUCUCGAGCGAUCCUGGGAGGUGGUGGAUGGAGUGAAUGUCUCACUUCGCCUAUGGGAUACAUUUGGUGACCACGACAAGGAUCGGCGUUUCGCAUACGGCAGAUCUGAUGUGGUGCUGCUGUGCUUUUCCAUUGCCAGUCCAAUUUCCUUGCGCAACUGCAAGAUGAUGUGGUAUCCGGAAAUUCGCCGCUUUUGUCCGGAUGUUCCUGUCAUUCUAGUUGGCUGCAAGAACGACCUGCGCUACAUGUAUCGCGACGAGAACUAUCUCUCGUAUUUCGGCGAGAAGGGAACCUUUGUUCGAGCGGCAUUGAAGAGUGACCUGGUUAUGCCGGAUGAGGCGCGUGCCGUCGCCAAAGAGCUGGGGGUGGCCUACUACGAGACCAGUGUGUUCACCUACUUUGGAGUGAAUGAGGUGUUUGAAAAUGCCAUCCGAUCCGCGUUGAUUGCACGGCGACAGCAGCGCUUCUGGAUGACAAACCUAAAAAAGGUACAGAAGCCCCUGCUGCAAGCCCCGUUCCGGCCACCGAAGCCACCACCACCGGAGGUCACCGUCAUGGUCGGCAACUAUCGGCAGGAUAUCUACAACAUGUUCCUGUCGCAGGCCUACACCGACCUUGUUCUGGUCGGGGCGGGUGGCACCAAGUUCGCCGUGCACAGGUUCAUGCUAGCCGCCGCGUCCAGCAUCUUCCAGCGCCUGCUUAGCACUGAGCUGACUGAUAUGGGCGGGCGGAGCAGCAGCGAAUCUAGCAUGGUCAGCUCAACAUUCGGGGAGGCCACCAUUGCGGACUUUAACGACGACACAGAGUCCCUGAUCCGCUACGAAUCACGCACACAACGCAGAAUGUGGGAACAUUUAAAGCGCCGCUCCAGUUAUCAGGCGUUACCUCUCAUGGAGUCUAAGCGGUCCAACGAUCUGUACAGGGAGCUACAUCAUCCGGUUCUGCAGAGCAUUCGCCUGGUGCACGUGGAAAAUCAUCGGGGUACAAAUGGUCUGCAGACAAUUGUCACCCUUAGCAAGCUUAUAUCUCAGCAAGCUGUGCAUCAGUGCCUGAGAUUUAUUUAUACCGGUACCAUUGACAAGGAUUGCAAUAAUCUGGAGGAAAUUAGAGAAGCUGCCGAUCUAUUAGAACUGCCGCAACUAACUCAGCUACUUUCCAGGCCUCAAACCGUUAUGGAGAACUCCAGCGAUGAGCCAAAUCCACACAUUUGCCUUCGCAUCAAAGAAAGCAUGGAACGGCAUUGCAUUGGUGACGGGUGCUUCAGUGAUGUCACUUUUGAAUUGGAUGAUGGUUUAAUGAAGGCACACCGCGCUGUGUUAGUUGGUCGUUGUGAUGUCAUGCGCGCAAUGUUGUUGGGUGACUUUCGCGAGGCGCAUUCCAAUGUGAUCGUAUUCCCUGGAGUUACAAUUUACACAUUCCACAAGCUGCUGUGCUACCUGUACACUGAUCAGAUUCCGCCAAUCUCGGCCGUCAAGUGCCUCAAUCUGUUGGAGCUGGCCAACAGACUCUGCCUGCCACGGCUGCUAAACCUGGUUGAGUGCCGCGUUAUUGAAGAUCUCACAUUGAUUUCCCAGAACGAAACCAAUGAAACGGUGGAUCACUGUCUAAAGUUACUGGAGCCAGUGAAGCUGCACAACGCACAUCAAUUGGCCGAGUGGUGCAUGUCAUACCUGUGCGUCAAUUACAACCUUAUUUGUAAGUUUUCACUCAAGGGCCUAAAGGCGCUGCACCAGGAUAAUCAGGAGUACUUGCGAGAGCACCGAUGGCCUCCUGUCUGGUAUCUCAAGGACUAUGAUUACUAUCAGCGAUGCCUGAACGAGUUGAACAAGGAGCUAAAGCUAAAGACUUCGAGGCGGGAGUCGCCAAGCGAUGACGAGGGUUGUCUGUGCUUCACGGGCGUAUUCUCUUGCUGGCUGUUAGGUAAAUCGAAGCGCAGCGGUGAUGGGAGUGGCACUACGGAGAACAGCAACGCAGAUAAUCAGAUCUUUAACAGCGCCGGCAACUCGCUCAACCACAUUGAUUUGGAGGCGGACAUGGACUUGAAUCUCUGACACCCAGCCCUAGGACAAGGAAGAUCACUGCGCUUCAUUGUGAUCCUGCCGGUCCUGAUCUGUUUCAUCUGUACGAUUUUAAGUAUUUUGAUACUUUUCCAAAUCCAUACAUAACAAACCUCAAGGAUACGAUUUAGCGUGGUUGGAUAUAGGGAUUGGGAAUGGAGAGAGAAGAGAGGAGUGGCGCGUCUGCUUUUGACAUUACGCAAUAUAUAGAGCGCAAAUUUGCCUUAGUGAUUACUGAUUAAUAAGUCCAACGUAGCUCGACCCAGAUCAAAGGAGCAUACUGCAGAAUGCUUCGGAUUUCUUAUAUUUAUACGCCUAUAUAUAAUGCAAAGCAUAGACGAGUAUGUAUGCACAUGCACCUCGGCGAUGCGAAGCAUUUCGCUGUAUUGCCUUACGAUAUAUUGGUGUACACUCAACUUGUUCUGCACGAUUCCAUGGAAAGUGGAAUGCUAAAGGACACAGACAUGUGUAUAUCCUUAUAUUUGUACCUUUACCUAAGACAUGUAUGUAUGUAUAUUUUUGAAUUCCUACUUACGGAAACAUUUGUCUAGCCAUAGUUCUAAGCAAUUCUUUAUGAUAAGGACGCAUUUUGUACAGAAUGAUAGAAUAAAGCAAUUACAAACAAA